GGUUAUACAGUAUACUUAACCUCGAUAAAAUCACGCAUGCAUACCGCUUAAAAUUGUAAUUAGAAUAUCUGUACUGUAAUUUUUUCAUCUAUUUAAUUAUUUUUAAAAUUUAAUACAAAAUAAAAAAAAAACAAUAAUGGUCUCGGAAAACUGGAAUGAGACAGAAGUUCCACUAAGUCCUGCGGUUUUAGAAACUGUAAAAGAAUUGAAGUUUGAUCGCAUGACUCCUGUACAGGCUGUUUGUAUUCCCCUUUUAUUGCAAGGACGAGAUAUUUCUGCGGAAGCUGUUACAGGUAGUGGAAAGACUCUUGCUUUUUUAAUACCUUUACUAGAAAUAUUACAGAAAAGACCAGGUAAAUGGAAAAAAUUAGAAAUAGGUGGAAUAAUUAUUUCACCAACUAGAGAACUAGCUACACAAAUUAGUAAGGUAUUAGACAAAUUUCUUGACAGGAUAAAUUAUCUAAAGCAAGUAUUAUUAGUUGGAGGCACAACUAUUAAGGAAGAUAUUCGUAAAUUGAAAAAUGGAGUAAACAUAAUUGUUGCUACACCUGGUCGAUUAGAAGAUAUAUUAACAAAUUGCAAGGAAGUUAAUUUGGCUGCUGCUGUCAAAUCUUUGGAAAUAUUGGUCUUGGAUGAAGCUGACAGAUUAUUUGAUUUAGGCUUUUCCUUGAAAAUCAAUAUUAUUUUGAGUUUUCUGCCUAAAUUGCGAAGAACAGGUUUAUUUUCUGCCACACAAACUAAAGAAGUUAAUCAACUUGUCAGAGCUGGAUUACGAAAUCCAUGUAUGAUAACUAUGAAGGAAAAUGAUAUUUAUUCAACUCCUACAAAUUUGAACAAUUACUAUUCAGUAGUAGAACCAAAUGAAAAACUAGCUUAUAUGAUAAAUUUUAUUAAAAGUAAAGGACCAGACUUAAAAUAUAUGAUCUUUUUUUCAACUUGUGCAUGUGUAGAUUACUUCAGCACUGUUAUUAAGACGUUUUUAUCUUCAACAAAAAUCUUAUCACUACAUGGAAAAAUGAAAAAAAAACGACACAAAAUUUUUGAAGAAUUUCAGACACUUGAAAGUGGUUUAUUGAUAUGUACAGAUGUAUUAGCUCGUGGAAUUGAUAUUCCAGAAGUUGACUGGGUUAUUCAGUAUGAUCCGCCAUCCAAUGCAAGUUGUUUUGUACACAGGUGUGGGAGAACAGCAAGAAGUGGAAAGGAAGGUAAUGCACUUUUGUUGUUGUCUGAAUCUGAAGAUGCCUAUGUUAUUUUUAUAAUGAAAAAUCAGAAAGUAAAUAUGGAAUUACUAAAACUAGAUGUGAGGGAAGACUUUGUAGAAAAAUGUUUUAAAUGUAUGAGAAAAUUGCAAAAAACAGAUAGGCUUUUAUAUGACAAGGCAAAUAGAGCUGUAGUUUCAUACAUACAAGCAUACCAAAAACAUGUAUGCAGUUAUAUUUUACCUUUAAGAGAUUUAAAUUUAGGAAAAGUUUUUAUGGGCUUUGGUCUGCUAAAAGUUCCUCGAAUGCCAGAAACAAAAGGAAGAGAUUUAUCAUCUUUUAAAGAAGACGAUGUCGAUGUGAAUUUAUUAGCUUAUAAAAACAAGCAAAAAGAAGCAAUAAGAUUACAAAAGUUACAAAAUUAUCACGACACGGGAAUUUGGCCUGGGAAGAAUAAGAAGAAAAUGAAAGAAACAGAGGCUUGGUCUGAAGCUAAAAAAAAUAAAUCAGAAAAGAAAACAAAAAAACAAAAACGCAAAGAAAAAGAAAAAAGACGCGAAGAAAACAAUCCAGGAAUUAAAAAAAGAAAACGUAAGAAUGUUAUAAGUGAAGAAGAUUUAAAAGAAUUAGAGGAAGAUAUUGCUCUGUACAAAAAAUAUAAGAAAGGAAAGGUAUCUGAAGAGGAAUAUUUAACAAGAAAUGGUUUAUAAGAUAUUCUUACUAUUACUAUUUCGUCAUAAAUUUGUAAAUAUGUAAAUAAUAUUUCUUAUGUAA